AAUUCUAUAAUAAAUUCAUACUUUACUAAAGUUAAUUUGUGAAAAAGCUGUAAAAUUAACCUCGAAAGUGGAUGCUUGUAUUACAAGUAAAACGAGGAGACCCGUAAUCGGAUUGUGGUCAUUGUGAUUGACGACUGCAGUUUCGUUUGCGUACAUAAAGUAAUGCAUCUGCUAUGGUUUACAUCCAUCACAAUCGUGUUUUCACCAAUUCGAUUAUUGAAGUGUUUGUCAUAAUAAUCGUGUAUGUUUUGUGUUCAUUCUCAGCAGUAAAACUGCAAAUAAAAGUCAGUGGCAAUGUUUGACAACAUAUUAUAGUAAUACAUCAAUGAGAUUGGCAGCAUGGCGGAAAUAGUGUACCCGCAAGGCUGCCGACCAAUUACCGAUGACCUCGGUCCAGAUGAAUUGGUGCGAAGGCUCAAGGUACUGGCCCAUACCCUCCAAGGUCUGGGCCAGGACGAGGGCAUGUACCAGCAGUACAUUCCCCUGGCGCUCCACCUCGCGGACGAGUUCUUCCUGACCCACCCGUCCAGGGACGUGCAGCUGCUCAUAGCGUGCUGCAUUGCUGACGUGCUCAGGGUUUACGCCCCGGAGGCGCCCUAUAAAGACCAGGAACAGGUGAAGACGAUAUUCCUGUUCCUGAUCAGACAGCUGCAAGGCUUGCGCGACCCCAAGGACCCGGCGUUCAAGCGCUACUUUUAUUUGCUGGAGAACCUGGCAUACGUUAAAUCCUUCAAUAUGUGCUUCGAGCUAGAGGAUUGUCAGGAAAUAUUCUGCGCGCUCUUCUCACUCAUGUUUAGGAUUGUCAACACUGAACAUUCUACAAAAGUGAAGUCCUUUAUGCUGGACGUCCUCUGCCCUCUGAUCACGGAGUCGGACGUGGUCUCCAAUGAACUUCUGAAUGUGAUCCUCAUCAACUUGGUGGAGCCCAAUAAAAGGGAGCACAAGCAUGCGUACGCGCUCGCUAAGGAGCUCAUUGUCAAAACGAACGAAACUCUUGAACCUUAUAUACAGGGGUUCUUCAAUCAUGUCCUCAUACUUGGCAAAGAAGAGAAAAACCUAUUGAUAUUCUCCAAAGUGUUCGAGCUUAUCUACGAAUUGUACCAAUGUUGCCCUUCGCUGCUGUUGUCUGUGUUGCCACAGCUGGAAUGCAAACUGAAAUCAGCACAGUUCCAAGAGAGACUUAGCGGCGUGGCGCUGCUAGCUAGAAUGUUCUCCGAACCAGGCUCCGAGUUAGCCAAGCAAUAUCCGGCCUUAUGGCGUGCGUUCUUAGGUCGCUUCAACGAUAUAUCGGUACCAAUCAGGAUAAAGUGCGUACAGUACUGCAUGCAUUUCCUCGUGCACCAUCCCGAUUUGAGAAAAGACAUAACGGAGACCUUGAAGAUGAGACAGCAUGAUGCGCACGAGCACGUGCGUUACGAGGUCGUCAUGGCUAUAAUCGCAACGGCCCAAAGAGAUUUCCAAGCUGUGGCUGAGUCUGAAGAUCUACUUCAUUUCGUCAAAGAAAGAACGCUCGACAAGAAAUUCAAAAUUAGAAAAGAGGCCAUGUCUGGUCUCGCCAUGAUAUACAAGAAGUUUUUGACAGAAGAGUCUGUUCCACCUGCCACCGAGAAGGCGGUGCAAUGGAUCAAAGAUAAAAUUCUCCACGGCUACUACAUGACAGCGUUAGAAGACAGAUUGCUAGUCGAGCGGCUGUUGAACACAUCUCUUGUACCGUACACCUUACCAGCGCCUGUUCGUAUGAAGAAACUGUAUUACCUGAUGUCGAACAUUGACGACAAUGCGACGAAAGCGUUCAUAGAGUUACAGAAGCAUCAGCUGGCCGUUCGUCGCACUGUGGCCGAGUGGGUGGAGCUUCAUAGGAAACCUCCUACGCCGGCCGUACAAAAGGAAAUGAUCGCAAAAGUGUUACACAUAAGUUCGAAGUUCUUACCGGAGUCGGUGAAGGCGCAGGAAUUUCUGAACAAGUUCUCUGCUCAUAUGAAACAGGCGCCGGAGUUGUUGCAGGGGAUGGAGACGAUACUCAACCCGAACGUGAGCUGCGAAGUCUGCGUGCGUACCACUUCGAGCGUGUUAAAACGUCUUGGACAACCGGUGAUGACAAACUUAUACUACAAUACUGUCAAGAUGUUACUGGAGCGAGUCAGCUCUGUGAUGAUAGACCACGAAUCACUGCUCAUACUGGUCGGAUACGUGGAGUCCGCAGUUAAAGGCAGCGACACAAGCAUCGCCGACGAGUGUGGCAUUGACCUAGACAAGUGCGCCGAACGCGGUCUCAAGCUGCUAGUGAUGUUAUCCUUCGUGUUCCCCGCUCACUUCUUACACGAGAAUGUGUUGAGCCGACUCACUUCACUACUGGAAUUGGACGAUGAAUCUGUAGCGCCGCACAUACUCGCCGCACUCACUUUCCUGGGGAGAUACCGACCGCUCAGUGAAGCGUGCCCAGCGCUAUUUCCAAGACUGAUCACACUAUGCAAGGCUUACGCUGAAGUGGGAACGCCGAAACAAGCAAAAAAUGCUGUCAGGUGUCUAUUCGUGAACGUACCCGAGCAACGCACGCAGAUCUUUACUGAAAUCUUGGAAACAUUGAAAGCCACAUUGAACCCGGCCUCGGAACAUUACCGCACCGCCAUAGUGACUCUCGGCCACAUAGCUCACAAUCUGCCGGACAACUUCCCGGUGCACAUUAAGAAUAUCGUCUCAAGAAAGAUAGUGAAAGAAUUACUAGUUCGCGAAGGCGGUGGCGGUGCAGAAGCGCCCACAGGCCAAUGGUGCGAAGAAUCAGAACUCCCCGAAGCGACUCGAUGCAAACUGGAAGGAUUGAAGUGUAUGGCCCGAUGGUUACUUGGGCUGAAGAGGGACGAACUAUCAGCUCAGAAGACGUUCCGGAUGCUGAACGCUUUCAUUGUGCAUAAAGGAGACUUAUUGCAGCAAAACCAAGUGUCACAAGCAGAGAUGGCACAUUUACGCUUAGCUGCGGGCGCCGCCAUGCUCAAGAUUUGCGAACAAAAAGGAGUUGGAGAUCAAUUCACCGCAGAUCAGUUCUAUAACUUAUCCCAUCUGAUGAUUUUCACCGCAGAUCAGUUCUAUAACCUGUCACAUCUCAUGAUUGAUGAGGUGCCACAAGUACGAGAAGCUUUCGCUGCGAAACUACACAAAGGCUUAUCAAAGGGUAUUCCCAACAAAUGUUUACCGCUGGACUUCAUGGGAAUGUACGCGUUAGCCGGACGGGAACCGGACCGUAAAAUUCGUGCCGUCAUACGACAAUACAUGAUGGCUGACGUGGUGCGACGACGCGAGUAUAUACGCAACAUUACUGUAGGCACUAAAGUGGAGCGCGCCGUCAGUCAGUUGCCGCACAUAUUGCCGGACUACAUGCUCGUGUUCGCGGUGCCAGUGCUGGCACACGAUCCCGCCUUCACCACCUACGAUAACGUGACGCAAUUACAGACAGUGAAGAACUGCCUCUGGUUCGUAUUGGAGCCGCUCAUAACCCGCAACGACUUCUACUGCUACGGAUUCUACAAGAGCUUGGUGGAACGCAUGAAGAACCAUAAGGAUGCUCUGAAUGAGACAGAUGACACAUUCAACUAUAAACUGUGGGCGGUAUGCGAUCUGGCCAUGUCAGUGAUAUGGUCUCGCUCCCAAAGCUUCGAUCUCCGGGAGUUCCCUUCAGAGGCUCGAAUCCCCACUAUGUACUUCGCACCGCAGGGCGAGUACUUCGUCAAUACGCGCGUAUUCCUGCCGCCUAAACUACAGUUCCAACCUAAACGGCCAGCGGCGACCACGGACACGAAUCCACGCUCGAAGAAGCGGCUGAGGCCACUCCCCGACCGAGAGAACACUAACGACGUAGAGCCUUCUGAAGCUGCCGAUACGCAGAUCCAACUGCCAGGCCUCGAACAACCACCGGAGACGGAACUCGAAGAGGCACAGCCCAAAGGCAAUGUCAGCGAGUGAACAUAACCCCGAUAUGGUAAAUGCACACCGCUCCAAUCACAUUGAAAUAAAUGCUACGAUAAUUUCGAAUACAUGAACUUUAAAGUGCUUUCCACUAAAUCCCUGAUCUUUAGGCUCACUUGUAGCGAUUUUGGUAAAUUUCGAUUUAACUAGCACUAGAUUUAUCCCAUACAAGAAUGACAGGUUUUUUAAUCUACAUUUGACUCUUGGCAUUUUUGUAUGAGUAAAGUCUAGUUUUAGUUCAAUCGAGUUAUAGAAAAUUUGCUGCAAGUGGAUCUUCGAAUCAUUUCUGGGGUGGCACUUUCAGAAUUUGAGGCAUUUAUGAAUAAUAUUUUAUUACCAACAAACAGAAGGUUUACUGACCUCCAAACAAUGGCGUUCUGAUACACAGAACUUGACUGUACUGUCAAAUUAGUUUCAAUAAAAGUUACAGUGUAACAGGUUUUGGAAACUUAUGGUGGGGUUUGGUUAGAUAUGGACACCUCAUAAUACUUUAUAUAUUUUCUUAAUGUUACUGAUUAACAGGCUUGUUUUGAGCAGGUUUCUCAUUGUAUUUGAGAUUUAAAAUAUAUAUAUAUAUAUUCAUUACAAACUUAUAUGUUCAUAAUAGGAAUUUAUAAGUAAAACACAUCAAUAUAUAUUCUCUUAUUAUCAUGGCCUAACUCUAAAAUUUUUGUUCCUUUUUAAAGUUGCAAGAGCUUACUUAUAAAGAUAUAAUUUUUCUCUCCCUUUUUCUGUUAUAGAAUAAAAUCAGGGGGCCUCUGGCCUAACGGGAUUGCUAUGGCUACCGCUAUCGCUUAUUUUGAUAUUUCUGGCCGCCUGAGGUUUUCAAAUACUCCGCGCUCUUUUUUUUCUUUUGCAUUGGAAUAACAAUAUUAAAAAAAUGAGCGUGAGGUAUUUGAAAACCUUCGGUGGUCAGAAAUAACAACAUGAAAUCGUAAGCGAUAACGAUAGCAAUCCCGUUAGGCCAUUGGCCCCCUGGACAUUAAAAUCUACGUGAACCGAGCGGUGCGCAACCAUCAACUGGGCUAACAUAUAUUGUAAAAUACUGCCAAUUUGUCAAAUAAAUAAAUAAAAUAUGUCUCGUAUACCGAACACUGUGUUUACGAAUAUCGCGAAUAAUACUUCGCGUCCUAUUAUGGAAAUAUUAAUUGCAUGUUAAGCAAAAUGUUUUAUUUAAAUGCACUUCUUUUUAACGCUCGGAUUAUGUAUGUUGCUUCCUUUAGUUAUUGUGCGGUAUAGCUUUGAUUUUGGCGGCAAUUGAUCUGUCAUAGGAAUAGUCAAAAUGCUGCGGAUAUUUCUUUCUGUAAAAAACGCUGGAAAAUAGCUAUAGGGCUAAUUGUAUUACUUAGGCCCACUUGCAGCAAUUUUGCUAAAUCUCAGUUCAACUGUGACUAGAUUUAGCCCAUGUAAUAAUGUCAAAUCGACAUUGACGUUUUGUCAUGGGUUAAAUCUAAGUUUUAAUUGAAUCGUAGUCGAAUUUGUUGCAAAUGGCCUUAUACUCCUUGCGGGGUCCCUUGAGCAUCGACCAUAGACAAGGAAGCAUGCGCAGUAGCAUAUUUACAAACAAAAACAUCUACUGCGCAAAUUUAUUUGUCUGGUUUUUCUCAAGUAGUUUGCCGCUGCCUAUACUGUCAGACUUUUGUACGCGCACGAGUUUUUGCACAUGAAAAUA